AUGGCUUUACAUAUUGCAAUAAGCCGAGUCGGCUUUCCCUUCGCCUCACUGCAGCGUCUUAUGAAUGCAUUGGAACUGAGAAUAACGCCGAAACAGAAUUUGUAUCACCUCGAAUUGGAUGACGAAUCGAAUGGUAUCCCAGAGAUGGAAGAAGGAAAAGGCGAUCAAAUAAAGAGAAGGGAAGACGAUAUGUCGGAAGGAUGGAGAAGAUCACCUCGUGAAAGAGAUGAGUGGAAACGACAAGGGGAAGCCUAUGUCGGAAGGCAUCCUGACCAACUGCCUACUGAUAAAUAG